GGAGGGAAUGUGAUACUACUCCCUCAGGAGUUGCUCUAUCCCUCUCUGGAAAGCUAAGAAUAAAAACACGAAAGAUGAGACAGAUUGGAGUUUGUGUCAGCCCCAAGUAAUCUCUUCCCUCUCUAUUUCUCUCAAUUCCCACUAACACAUACCAAUCUUCAUUUCUCAGGGUAAGUUUAUGGUUUGCGAAUUUUUCGAGGUGGUUAAAGUUGUGGCACUUUCCGGGUUGAAUUGCUGAAGAUUGAAUUUCAUGGAAGUGGAUGGAGGAAAAGUCUUGAAAGUAUCUAGUGGUGCUGCUCAAUCUGUUCCGCGACAUUCCAGAAAACAUAAAGCUUUCUAUCAGUUUACUCAGCAGAGUCUCCCUGCUUGUAAACCUAUUCUCACACCACCAUGGGUGAUUACUACAUUUUUAUUGAUGGGUGUCAUUUUCAUACCUCUUGGGCUUAUUACUCUACAUGCCUCUGAGAAUAUUGUUGAAAUUGUGGACCGAUAUGAUAAUGACUGUGUGCCAGAAGCAUUCAGAAGCAAUAAGGUGGCAUAUAUAAAAAAUAAUUCGAUUCCCAAAAACUGUUCUCGUUACUUGAAGGUCUACAAGCAUAUGAAAGCUCCAAUAAAUAUCUACUAUCAGCUUGAUAACUACUAUCAGAACCACAGACGGUAUGUCAAAAGUAAAAAUGAUGAACAGCUUUUACAUGGAUUGGGGUACAAUGACACGAGUUCUUGUAAACCUGAGGAGUCCAACAAUGGUCUUCCAGUUGUGCCUUGUGGUUUGAUAGCAUGGAGUUUGUUUAAUGAUACAUAUACUCUUAUCCGUAGAAGAUCAGAGCUAAAGGUCAACAGGAAGAACAUAGCAUGGAAGAGUGACCGUGAUCAUAAGUUUGGGAAGAAUGUAUAUCCCUUCAAUUUUCAGAACGGCACCUUGAUGGGUGGUGGAAAGCUAGACCCAAGGAUCCCUCUAAGUGAUCAAGAAGAUCUUAUUGUAUGGAUGCGGACAGCUGCGCUCCCCAGUUUCCGUAAGUUGUAUGGUAGAAUUGAAGAGGAUUUGAAUGCAGAUGAUGUUGUAGUAGUCAAUGUAACGAACAACUACAAUACUUAUAGUUUUGAUGGGAAGAAGACGCUCAUUCUUACAACAACAGGCUGGUUAGGAGGAAAGAACAACUUCCUUGGGUUUGCCUGCACUUCUGUUGGUUCAAGUUCCAUAUUCAUCUCUAUUGUCUUUUUGCUGCUCCACAUGAAAAAUCCCAGGAAUCUAUAAUUGCACCAAAUGGAUUACCUUCUCAACUCUGCCCUGCUGCUGCUGUCAGAUUGACUCAUUGGUCACCACAGGGAUACAUCUUAUUUGUACAUCUUGGAACAGCAAAACAUGUCUUGUUAAAGAGGCGAUGGUACAUGUACUGUAAAACGUCUGGAGCGAGUGGACUGAUGAAGUUAUGUAACCUACAGACAGAGAUAGCACAUAUACUGUAAAACGUCUGGGGAUCACUUUUUGUGAAAUAUGAAGAAGAAAAACAACAUCCAAGCCCCACUGUAGUUAGGUACAUGGUAAACAUUAGCAUUUCUUCGGUGACUAAUUAAUGAAUGAUGUU